AUGGAUAACGGGAAUGGUCAGAGUAUGUUACAAGCAUCUCAGAAUACAAAUGGUGACACUCAACAGUCAUCUUCGAGUAGUGGUGUUAUCGUUCUGAAUAACAACAAUGACUUGAGAUCGGUUGGUGGAAAUCAAUCGCGUAUUGUUACUUUGGCUGACGGUAGUUCACCAGAUCGUGUGAAACGAGUAAGUACUCGUUCCAAUAAUGUACACACACUCAUUUCUCUGGGAUAUGAUGGUUUAAUUUUGUUUCCUCGCUGCGCGUGUUAAAAAUUCUAAAAAACUACGAUUUUUAAUUUAAUUAAA